AUGGAUUUUACUUCUGAUUUGAUGUCUGGAGAAAAUCAUUCCUCCAUUAGAUCUCCAACCAAAUCAUAUCAUCAUCAGGAUGCUUCCAAGUCAGAGUUGGGUAGUGCGUUGCAUUCAUUUUCAAGUAAUUCAAAUCUCGGAUCUGAAUUACUAAAUGAAGAAGAUUUGAAAAGAUUUAAAUUGCAAGAAGAGAAAGAACAAUUAUUGAAUGAAAGAAAUACAUUGCUUCAAGAAAUUAAGGAAUUAGAAGAGAAGAAACGAAACGAUAUUUCACAUGCAAUUGACAAAGAUAUUACGGAUGAAGAAGGAGAGGAAGAAACAAAUAGUAAUAUCAUUGAUGAGAAUGCGUUGCAACUUUUCAAAGAUAUUCUAGCAUUAAAUAAUGAUGAAAAGAAUAUUAAAAUAUUACCAGUCUUGAAUUUGAGAAGGCACUUGAACUAUUUGCGGCUAUUCACAUAUCCAUUUAUACGGUUAUCCAUACGAUCACAUGAUGAUGUUACAAAUAAAAUGACUAUCGAUUUAAGAUUUAAUAGAAUGGUAGAAGAUAGUUUGAAACAAUUUACUCUUACAAUCGAGUUAAAAUAUUAUAGUAAUAGCUCAUUAGAGAUAGAAAAUUAUGAUAUUCUUUCUAUUUCCCCUCAUGAUAGUCCCGUAUUGUACAAGAUUUGUCAACAAAGAAACGCUAAUGUAAUUGAUAGUAAUUUAGUAAUUUUACAAUGUUACGAGUAUGAUAGACUUCAGUACAGAAGAAAUGAAAUAUUACAAUCCAUUAUCAAAGAGAUCAAAUCAACAAGUACGAAUGAUAUACAAUCUACUGAAGACGAGAAUAAAAUUCGAUUCAACAUGGUACGAACAUACAAUGAUGUUAUAGACAACGAUACAUUAGUUAUAUAUGCACGAGACAUUGAAUUAUCAAUAGCUUAUGAAAUUAAAACGAAAGUCAAAUCAUUACGAUCUGGGAAUGAAUUAAUCGUCCCAUGUACCGUUUUACAUGUAAUCUUAAAGAAGAAUGGUGAUAUAUUAGGUAAAAUUGAUGCAGAUGAAAUCACUUAUGAAUUAGUAAAACAGUUUGGGGUAUUAAAAGGAUUAACUAAACUAUAUAAACUAUGUUUCUCUAAAUAUGGAACAAUAUAA